AAUGCGGUGCAGCGUCGUUGCAAAGUGCCGAGAUUCAAGUUAGCUCAGUUGGAAAUAAAAUUCGGGCACUGCGCAAAGUCCCCUCCUUUCGUUUAUGCUGUGUUGAAGCAGAGACUUGCCCUCCGUCUCAUCCCAACCCAAUUGAACCAUACCGAAACUAUGGCACCCCUCACGCGCGCCGAAGUAGCCAAGCACAACACGGAGGAUGAUCUUUGGGUCAUCAUAGACCACAAGGUUUACGAUUUGAGCGAAUUUCAGGAUGGCCAUCCCGGCGGCAGUGUAGUCCUCAGACAAGUAGCCGGUCAAGAUGCCACCGACGCGUUCUACAACCUCCAUCGGCAAGAAGUCAUCCAGAAGUACCAGACACUGUGCCUUGGCACAAUCGAGGGCGAGACGCCAGAAGUUAUUGAGCAGAAUGCAGGAGACCUGUCUCCCGUCCCGUACGCCGAACCUCUGUGGUUGACCCCCCAGUUCAAGAGCCCAUACUACAAGGAGAGCCAUCGACGGCUUCAGAAGGCGGUGAGGAAGUUUGUCGAUGAGGUGGUCACGCCAGAGGCAGAGGCUAGGGAGGCGGACGGCAAGUACAUCAGCCAGGAGCUUAUAGAUAAGAUGGCCGAAAAGAACCUCCUCGCGAUGCGGCUGGGCCCGGGCAAGCACUUGAAAGGUCGGAAGCUGCUGGAUGGUGUUGUGGAGCCAGAGGAAUUUGACUAUUUACAUGACCUUAUCAUCGCGCAGGAAUUCAGCAGGUCGAAUGCUAGAGGCUUUCAAGAUGGCAAUCUUGCUGGCAUGAUGAUCUCACAUACUGCCAUUCAGGAAUGGUUGCACAACGAAGAGCUGAAGCAAAGGUUGAACGAGGAAGUGUUGACCGGCAAGAAGAAGGUCUGCUUGGCUGUGACUGAAGCCUUUGCGGGCUCGGACGUUGCCGGUAUGCGGACCACUGCUGAGAAGACGCCUGAUGGGAAGUACUUCAUUAUCAACGGCACCAAGAAGUGGAUCACCAAUGGCGUGUUCUGCGAUUACUUUGUUACCGCCUGCCGGACAAAGAAAGGAUACUCUGUCAUUCUGGUACCCAGGCAAGAAGGCGUCACUACAAAAUUGAUCAAGACUUCGUAUUCCACAGCAGCCGGUACGACAUUUAUCGAAUUCGACAAUGUCAAGGUCCCCGUGGACCACCUUCUCGGGCAGGAAGACAAUGGAUUCGUUGUCAUCAUGGCUAACUUUAACCACGAGCGGUACACUAUGGCUUGCGGCGUCGUUCGGAAGCAGCGCACUAUCGUAGAGGAGUGCUUGAAGUGGGCCAAUCAGCGCAUUAUAUUUGGCAAGAGGCUCAUUGAUCAGCCUGUCAUCCGGCAAAAGCUCGGCAGAAUGAUCGCUAUGGUUGAAUCGAACCAGGCAUGGCUAGAGUCCAUUGCCUUCCAGAUGUGCAACAUGUCCUACAAAGAGCAAACGAAGUUCCUUGGAGGCCCAAUCGCGCUACUUAAAUAUCACGUUACGAGGAGCUCGGAGGCUAUCGCAGAUGAAGCAGUCCAGAUCUUUGGCGGACGUGCUCUUACUCAAACAGGCAUGGGCAAGGUCAUUGAGAUGUUCCAGCGCACGUACAAAUUCGACGCUAUCCUUGGUGGUGCAGAGGAAGUACUGGCUGAUUUGGGCGUGAGGCAAGCAUUGAAGUUUAUGCCAAAAGCUAUGCUAUAGAACGUUGGAACUAGCCCAGUAAUUUCGAUCUUGUAUCAUUGUUGCAGCGACUAUGUAGAUAGCUAACCAUCAUCAGACUGGGUGGGUCAAACGCCUUUAAGCUGACCGUGCUCUUCUCAAUGUACUCUAGACAAACAGAAUAGAAUUAGUUGGAUGCUUCGAGCGAGUUAAAUUGCUCUUGUCAUACGUAAUUGUGCUAGAGAUUUGGCUGCUAAGAUGCGCCCCGGUUUAGGUCAGGUCGCCACGUCUGUUAUGAGACCAUCGCAAUAUUAGAAGCUUGCAAACAGUC